GAGAGAGAGAGAGAGGGGACGAGGAGGAGGAGAGACAGUAUAAGCAAGCAAUGGAGCAAAAGCUACCAAGGCUAGGGGGUUCUCUGCUGGUUCCAAGCGUUCAAGAGCUGGCAAAGGAGCCCCUCAAAACAUUACCAACCAGAUAUGUCCGAACCGAUCUAGACCAUCCAUUGACUUCGUCAGAUACCACAACUAUACCGCAGCAGAUCCCUGUCAUCGACAUGAACAUGUUCAAGUCCGAAGAAUUCAUGAAUUCAGAGCUCGAAAAGUUUCACAAUGCAUGCAAAGAGUGGGGUUUCUUUCAGUUACUAAAUCAUGGAGUAAGUGAGGAAUUGGUGGAGAAAGUGAAGAAACAAGUUCAAGAAUUCUUCGACCUUCCAAUGGAAGAGAAGAAGAAGUGUUGGCAACAGCCCGGUGACUUGGAAGGAUUUGGUCAGGCCUUUGUUGUCUCUGAAGAGCAAAAGCUUGAUUGGGCUGAUAUGUUCUACAUAAUCACUCUUCCAAUCCAAUUGAGAAACCCCCAUCUGUUCGCUAAGCUUCCUCUUCCCCUCAGGGAUACCUUGGAGGCUUAUUCAAGAGACUUGAAAAACCUGGCCAUGGAAAUACUCAGUUUCAUGGCAAAAGCACUAAAAAUGGAACCUAAUGACAUGAAGUUACUGUUUGAAGAAGGAAUGCAGGGGAUGAGGAUGAACUACUAUCCUCCAUGCCCACAACCAGACCUUGUGAUUGGACUCACCCCCCACUCUGAUUCUGUUGGCCUCACAAUACUUCUCCAAGUAAAUGAAAUGGAGGGCCUACAGAUCAAGAAAGAUGGGAUCUGGGUUCCUGUUAAACCACUACCUAAUGCUUUCAUAGUCAACAUUGGAGACGUUUCAGAGAUUGUAACCAAUGGAGUCUACCAAAGCGUUGAACACCGAGCGAUGGUUAAUUCGGUGAAGGAGAGGCUUUCCAUUGCCACAUUUUAUGGUCCGAAGCUGGACUCAGAUAUUGGUCCAGCACCGAGCCUUGUUAGUCCAGAGAACCCUCCAAUGUUUUGCAGAAUAGGAACUGCAGACUACUUCAAGGGUUAUCUUUCUCGCGAACUUAGUGGGAAAUCGUACUUGGAUGUCAUGAGGAUUUCAAAGUAAAGAGGCUCAGAGCCCAGAGGGACUGAAAACUUCCUGUAUCUGAAUAUAUUGCUCAAUAAAACUGUUCUGUCCAGUACUUUUAAGUA